AUGAUGCUUGGCAAAGCGGUGGGCCUGUUGACGGCGGCGUUGGUGGGACUCGGCUUCGAGGUGAUCGAGGUGCGUUUGGGCAAGCCUGGCAGCACGGCCUAUUUCACCUUCUACGCGGGUCUCGUUCUGCUGGCCGGCCUGCACACCGAACUCGGACUAGGCGUCCAGCUGCCCACCGGCUUUCGAGGGCUCGUCGAGGCCACCAUCUUCGCAGGUCGCGCCAUGCACAGCCUUCAGACGAGCGAGAUCACGUCGAGCCAGUUGGCAGGAGUGGCGCGCAGCCUCGACGCCUACUUGGCGGCCGCCUGUGCCGGUCUUCUCAUCUACCGGGAUGCAAUUCGAGCGGCUCCGGGACUCGAAUAUCGCUGUCUGUUGAUCGGUCAGAUGACCAGCGGCCUAGUGCUGCUGCAGGCCGUCUGGAUCUGGCAGACAGCCGCCAUGAUUGACCCCUGGCACUCGAGACCGUGGAUUCAGAGUGGCCACAAAUCCGUCAUUUUCGCCACCCUCAUCUUCAGUGUUCAGAUGCUGUUGGUGCUGGUGGGUCAGAACGGUCUGCUGGUCGGCCUGAGGACCAGACGCCGGCGGAGACCAAACAUGUCCGACCGGCCGGCCGCAACACGAGCACACCGACUCAUGGUCGAAGGCAAUCCACGCACCCUCGUCUACACUAGCCUCCAAAGACGGUUGCCCGCCUGA